GUGAGAGAAUGUUGAAUGUUAAUUUAAAUUUAGGGUUGAGUGAAGAGGCUUCUUCGUCCUCAACAGUGCAGAAAGAGGAUCCUGAUCGUGAUUCCUGUAGUAAAAGGCCCAAAGUUAACUCAUUUUCGCUGGAUUGGGACAACCACUUGUUGCAGGAGACGAGUUACCUUUGUCCUAUGAACGAGGGUGGUGGAGAUAUGAGUUUGUCCAACUUUCUUGAUGCUACAGAUGAUAAGGGGAAAGAUAUUGGCAUCUCAAAAAUGGAGGAUUUAGAUGUGCGGAUGGAUCUUACUGAUGACUUGUUGCAUAUGGUAUUCUCUUUCUUGGACCAUAUUGAUCUCUGUCGAGCUGCAAGUGUUUGUAGGCAGUGGAGAGCAGCUAGCUCUCAUGAAGAUUUUUGGCGGUAUCUCAAUUUUGAGAACAAGCAGAUUUCCUCAGAUCAAUUUGAGGAUAUGUGUCGACGAUACCCAAAUGCAACAGCUGUUAAUUUAUAUGGAACUCUUAAUAUUCAUCCACUAGCAAUGAAAGCGGUUUCCUCAUUAAGAAAUCUUGAAGCUCUGACUUUGGGUAGAGGUCAGCUGGGAGAAACAUUUUUCCAGGCCUUAACGGACUGCCAUAUGUUGAAGAGCUUGACUGUUAAUGAUGCUACUCUUGGAAAUGGUAUUCAGGAGAUACCUAUUUAUCAUGACAGAUUGCGUCUUCUGCAGCUCGUGAAGUGUCGUGUGCUUCGAGUUUCUGUCAGGUGUCCGCAGCUUGAAACGUUGUCACUCAAGCGCAGUAGCAUGCCACAUGCCGUGCUUAAUUGCCCACUUUUACAUGACCUUGAUAUAGCUUCAUGUCACAAGCUUUCAGAUGCCGCUAUUCGCUCAGCAGCAACAGCAUGCCCUCUUUUAGAGUCUUUGGAUAUGUCAAAUUGUUCAUGUGUUAGUGAUGAAACACUGCGAGAAAUAGCUCAAACUUGUGCAAGUCUUCGAGUUCUAGAUGCUUCAUACUGCCCUAACAUUUCUCUUGAGUCUGUGAGGCUGGUUAUGUUGACUGUUCUCAAGCUUCACAGUUGUGAGGGCAUAACAUCAGCUUCCAUGGCUGCCAUAGCCCAUAGCUAUAUGUUAGAGGUUCUAGAGCUUGAUAAUUGCAGUUUAUUAACAUCAGUGUCCUUGGAUCUUCCUCGCCUUCAGAACAUCAGACUCGUACAUUGUCGCAAGUUUAUUGACCUCAACUUGCAUAGUGGCAUGUUAUCAUCAAUUACUGUUUCUAAUUGCCCACUGCUCCAACGAAUCAAUAUAACUUCAAGUGCACUCAAAAAAUUAGUUUUGCAGAAGCAAGAAAGCUUGACAACAAUUACAUUGCAGUGCCUGAAUUUGCUAGAAGUAGACCUUACUGAGUGCGAAUCGCUCACCAAUUCUAUCUGUGAAGUUUUCAGCGAUGGUGGUGGCUGUCCUGUGCUUAAAUCCUUAAUUCUAGAUAAUUGCGAGAGCUUGACAGCUGUGGCUUUCUGCAGCACUUCUUUGGUUUCUCUCUCACUUGCUGGUUGCCGUGCUUUAAUUUCUCUUCAACUCAGGUGCUCUUAUCUUGAGCAAGUCUCUUUAGAUGGUUGUGAUCAUCUUGAAAUAGCAUCUUUUUCCCCAGUUGGUCUUCGGUCACUUAAUCUCGGUAUAUGCCCCAAAAUGAGUGUGCUCAAUAUCGAAGCUCCACAAAUGGCUUCACUUGAGCUGAAGGGCUGUGGUGUGCUAUCUGAAGCAUCCAUUAAUUGCCCUCUCUUGACCUCUUUUGAUGCUUCAUUCUGCAGCCAACUCAAGGAUGACUGUUUAUCUGCCACGACCUCAUCAUGCCCCCUUAUCGAGUCAUUAAUACUAAUGUCAUGUCCAUCUGUUGGCUGUGAUGGACUGCUCUCUUUGCAUUCCCUCCCAAACUUGACCUACCUUGAUCUAUCCUACACAUUUUUGGUUAACUUGCAGCCUGUUUAUGAAUCAUGCUUGCGAUUAAAGGUCCUAAAAUUGCAAGCAUGCAAGUAUCUCACCGAUACAUCUUUGGAACCUCUUUACAAAGACAAUGCUCUCCCAGCCCUUUGUGAGUUGGAUUUGUCAUAUGGGACGCUGUGCCAAUCAGCCAUUGAGGAAUUGCUUGCUUGCUGCACACAUUUGACUCAUGUCAGCUUGAAUGGAUGUGUUAAUAUGCAUGAUUUGAACUGGGGAUUUACUGGUGACCAACGGUCGCGUAUACCCAGUGUUGGUAUAGCACCUCAUGGAUCUUCCUUGGUAGAACAACAUUUUCCAAAUGAACAACCAAAGCGUUUGCUAGAGAACCUAAAUUGUGUAGGUUGCCCAAAUAUAAAAAAGGUGGUUAUUCCGAUGGCACAAGGUUUCCUUUUGUCAUCAUUAAACCUUUCCCUGUCUGCGAAUUUGAAGGAGGUUGAUAUAGCUUGUUACAACCUGUGCUUUCUCAAUUUGAGCAACUGUUGUUCACUGGAAUCGUUGCAACUGGAAUGUCCAAGAUUGAGUAGCCUCUUUCUUCAGUCCUGCAACAUUGACGAGGAAGCUGUUGAAGCUGCAAUUUCACGAUGUACCAUGCUUGAGACACUGGAUGUACGCUUUUGUCCCAAGAUUUGCCCACCGAGCAUGGGGAGGUUACGUGCUGCAUGUCCCAGCUUAAAACGCAUCUUUAGCAGCUUAGUCCCAUCGUGAGGCAAUGAAAUAUUGGAUAUGUUUGUGUUGACGGGUAAUUCAGCAACAUGUAUAACUACAGAGGUUUAUAUUUUAUGUAUAGUUAACUAUUUAUAUUAUUGUGGUUGCUGAAUGCACAACGAGCUGUAAACAUAAGAAUGCCACAUGUUUUUGGCAUUGGCUUUCGCAUUGUAUGUUUUGGUUAACGCAAUAGACGCAACUUCAGUGCCAGCCCAAGGAAAGAGAAGGGUUAUAAAUAAAUGUAAAACUUGUUAUGAUGGUAUGGAUGAAAUAUGAAUUAACUAAUAGUGGUCGUACGCAA